AUGUUUCAGGCAACGGCCCUUAUGCCUGCGCUCAUGCUGGCCUUCAUCAACUCACUGGUGAAUGGUCAGAGUAAAAACGAAUCAGUUGGCGGAAUUGGCUUUAUCGACUAUGAAGCUGGCCAAAUCAGUGGCCAAAUCGUCCGUGAUUCUCAGACACUGGCUUCCCUCAGACCCAGUUCUGGCUUCGAUUUCCUUCCUUCCGACUUCCUCUCAAACCUGACAAUCAAUGGUGCCCAUCACUUGGGCGAUGUCACAUUCCGCUUCAGGGCCACCGGCACCAGCGAAUGGACUGACAUCGACUCCGCCGCAAACAGGAGUGCUGUUGUGGCUUUGGACGAUCUUGCCCCCGGUGUCAUUGCCGGUGCAGACUUGGCCCCGACAUUACCGAAUGGUGUGCCGUUGACGGUCACUCGCGAGUGGCUCGCCGAGGGCGAAGGUCUUGCCGUCCGCAUAAACCUGACGAACAACGCCAAUACGACCAUUGAACUCGGAUCCCUAGGCCUUCCUGUCGUCAUCAACAACAUCUUCACAUCCCGCUCAGCCGAAGAUACACAGGCAAAGUGCUCAUUAGCAGAUCCGUAUAUAGGACUUGAUGCUGGAUAUGUCCGCGUGUCACCCGUCAAUGGACUUGGCAACGCGCUCGUAGUAGCGCCUCUUGGUAAAAGCCCAUUCGAAGCUUGGAGAUUCCUCGACGAGCCGCAGGGAGACUACGGAUACCAGACUCAGACGUAUGAAGGAAACUACGAAUGGAUGGUUCACUCGCAGGCGUGGGCCGAGAACGAAUGGAAGAGUGCCGAGCCUUGGAAUGCACCCACAGCAAAGGAAAUCCAGGUGGGCGAGACUUACUCCGUCGGACUCAAGUUCAGCAUCGCGGAUAGCGUGCAGACCAUCGAGGACGCCGUGGUCAGAUCUGAGCUCCCACUUGCUGUGGGAAUCCCAGGAUAUAUCGUGCCCGCUGAUCUCACCGUGCGGCUAUAUCUGACGCAUUCUUCCCCGGUCAAGUCCAUUGACGACCAUGGCUCUUUUGCCGUCGAACAAGAUACCGGCGCAAAGGGGACGCCAUACCUUUUGACUCCAACCGCAGGUACCUGGGGACGAGCCAAGAUCACCAUCAUAUACGAGGAUGGCAAGACUCAGGCUAUCCAUUACUUCAUCACCAAGCCAGCGCCAGAGACAGUUUCUGAUCUGGGACACUUCCUCACUACAACCGCCCACUACACCGAUGAGACAGACCCCUUUGGAAGAGCGCCGUCUAUCAUGGGCUAUGACCGAGAGGUCAACGCCAUUGUCACGCAAGAUGCGCGCGUCUGGAUUGCGGGGCUCAGCGAUGAGGGAGGCACUGGGGCAUACGUUGCUGCGGCCACGAAGACUUUUGUUCAACCCGUAGAAAGAGAGGUGGAAAUUCUGGACGAAUUUGUUCACGAGACCGUUCUCGGAACCAUCCAGCCCCCCGAGUCUUUCGCCGUGCGAGCAAGCGUCUUUUACUACGAGCCUGGCGCAGUCAACUACACUUACAACCCCGAGUUCGACUGGACAACUUGGGCCUCUUGGAGCAAGGAAAGGGCCUACACCACCGUGCGUGCCUACAACUACGUCCAUCCCGUAGUAGCGUAUUGGUCCCUCUAUCGUGUGGCGAGAGAUUACCCCCAAGUCAAGACUCGGUCUGAGUGGAGUUGGUACCUGAACCAGGCGUACAGCACGGUCCAGUACUGCCUGGCUGAUGGUGCCCCUGAGUGCGACUACGGUUUGACCGGCUUGAUGGGUGAAACCGUGUUCGCCGAGCUUCUCGAGGAUCUCAAGAGAGAGAAUAUGACACAAGAGGCGGCUGCUUUUGAAGACUCGAUGCGUAUUCGCGCCGAGUUCUGGGAGACUCUUGCUGUUCCCUUUGGAAGUGAGAUGGCCUGGGAUAGCACGGGGCAAGAAGGGGUCUACUACUGGACCAACUACUUCGGCCUCAACAGCACAGCAGCCAAGGCCAUCAACAGCAUCGCAGGAUACAUGCCGACUGUUGCGCACUGGGGGUGGAAUGGAAACGCCCGGCGAUACUGGGACUUCAACUACGGCGCCAAGUACGAGGCCACCGAGCGGCAGAUCCACCAUUACGGCUCCGGUCUCAAUUCUCUCCCCAUGCUGCACUACUUUGAGCGGAACCCUGCCGAUUUCAACGCCAUCCGCGUCGCGUUCGCCGGUAACACGGCGCCUCUGACCAACAUCGACGCCGAAGGCUGUCCCUCGGCAGCGUUCCACUCCUUUCCGGAGAAGCUGGAAUGGGACCCGUACACGGGUGACUACGGUCUCGGAUUCUUGGGCCUCGGCCUCGGCCAGGCGAUGUAUAUCGUCAACCACGAGAGUUACGGUGAAGUGGUCUUUGGCGGCAACGUUGUCGCGUCCAACGACACUGCAGUCGUUGCUGAGCCACGAGAUGCUGUUCGCCGCCGGGUGUUUGUUGCUGACUGGGGGCUCAAAGUCUCCCUUAGCGCCGGGGCUAUUCAUACGGUCACAUAUGACCGCGAAGGGCAGACGCUGAGGCUCGCAGUGAGUCCUUCUGCUGCGGCAGGGGCGCUGCAGGCUACCUCGAGCAUAGUCUGGCUUACACAGACAACUUCGGGGGAAGCAAAGUUCGUGGUACAAGGGGCAGCUGCGUCUAGGGGUGGAUAUCUGGUAGAUCUGUCCGCUGUACAAGCAGACGUUGUGAUUUCAAGGUCUCCGUAG